UUGCGAAGAGUUAACAAUACCUGUAGCCUCUUUAAAAUAUAUACUAAUUUAUUGAUUCGAUUUUUACUAUAGAGAAUAUUGAUUCAGUUGCAUUUGAGAUGGACACUGGACUAUGUAAAAAGUGUGCCCAAUUGCUGAAGAACUUAGUUGCUUCUUUGAAUCAAUUGGCAGCUGGAUUUGUUAAGAAGAUGAAGGAGUGUAUGACGGCCUUGUCAAAUUGUAGCUGCCUGAGGAAGAAUAAAAGUUCUGCGACCUAUUCUGUGCAGCAAGAGAGACAAGCUGCAUGUGCGUUACUGGACCACCUGGACACAGUGGAAUCUCCUUUACAUGUUGCUCUCCUGGAGCCAUACAGAACUCUUCUGCUAUCCAGUGACCUGGAGGUACAGAGGAAGACCUCUUUGUCUCUGGCUAAUCUGCUAUUUAAGAACAAAGUGAGUGCUGAGCAGAUCAUUGAGACGGGGAUGGUGUUGCCCCUGCUUGAGAGGCUCCAGUCUUGGGAUCCCACUGUCCAGAGGAACUCCGGUCAAUGUGUGGCCUUACUGGCCUCCUCGGACUCAAGCAGAGAAGCUAUUUUGUCAAUGGGUGGGGUGAUUCCACUACUGGUUUUAGCCAAAUCUUAUGACCCUCUGGUCCAACAGAAUGCAGUUUGGGCUCUUUUAAACCUCACACUUUCAGAGGGGACGAUGAAAGUUUUAUGUAGAGAGGGAGCCAUUCCUGUCCUAGCACUUCUCCUGCAGUCCUCCAACUAUAAGGUUCAGUUCUACAGCUGCUCUGCGCUGAGCAACAUUGCCAUGUUUCCUGAGCAUCAUCCCAAGAUGUUGGGCAUAGGAGACUCUUUUCUUUUGAAGUCUCUGCUAACGCUCAUGUCCUCGUCAGUAGAGAAGAAUGCGACCCAAGCUUGCAGAUGCCUUCGAAUCCUCUCAGGGAAUGUUGGGACGCUGGAGCAGCUGAUGCACCUGGACUGUGCGUUACCUCUGAAAAAACUGAUCUGUUCCCCGUCUCUUCCCCUGGCUGAGGCUGCUAUAAGACUGCUAUCUGAGCUAUCGACACACGAACUCAGUAGAACGAGCCUGGUGAAUGUGGGCAUGUUACAUGUUAUAGAGCAGCUGCUUCUUGGUGACAAAUCCAGCCCGAUCAUCAUCGAACACAUUGUUGUCACCAUAAUCAACCUUAGCAGCGCCUGUGAGGAACAGCAGGCUGUUAUGUAUAGAAAGUGUUUAACAGGACUUCUUCAGGCUCUUGUGUCCAGUGUGACCUCAGAGGAGACUGUUCUGUGCAUCACAUCCUGUUUACAUCAUCUGAUCAGCUAUGAUUCAUUACAGUCUCAGUUGGCCACAGAAAUGACUCCUGAACAUGUUUCAACUUUGGUGAUGUUUUCUGUGCAAAUGGAAAAAGCAGAACUGUCCUUUAGGUCUGCUUCGAUCAUCAGCAAACUAGACAUGAACGACAAUGUCAUCAAACUACUGAAACCCCACUAUGCAACCAUCUUGGAAUAUAUUCUGUUGUAUCUGAAGAACCAGGAAGUCCGGUUCCAACAGCUUGCCAUUGAAACUUUGUGUAACCUCAAGAAAGACCAAGAUUUUUCAGUGGUGAUGAGUAGCAGCCUGGAGGAGCAGCUAAAAAUGGUGCAUGCACAGACAGAGAGGACCCGGCUUUUACUGCAGAAGAUAUAGAUUCCUCCCUCUUCCUGACCUGUCAACCGGAGCCCUCUUUGCCUCAGGGCACAGACUGAAAUGUGGGACCGUUCUCCCACACACCUCUGUACAUAUUUUAUAUUCUCAGUGUUUAUUUCCCAGGUGAAAAGGUGACUGGUGUUGUUUCAAAUGUUUGUACAGAUUUACUGUGUUUCCGGUUGAUGAAUACACAGGAGUG